CAGCAGCAGCAGGAGCGGCAGCGGCGUCUCCUCCUCAGCAGCGCGGAGGGCUUUAUCUCGAGAUUUACAUCAGCAGCAGCGUUCAUACAGGUUUGUGUCUGGAAGAUAAAGGAGCUCCUUCACCCUACAGCUAUCGAACAGAGGACCUGCAGUGAUGGAAGGCCAGUAAGCGGCUCUCUCUAUGGCUCAGAGGAAGAGGCCUGGGGCCAGCAGCAGCAGCAGCAUGGCCUCAGCAGAGCUCCAUGCCCCCUACCCCAGCGCCCCCACAGAGUGCCCCCCGGAGGAGUAUGAGGAGCAGCAGGACACCGAAGCCCCUGUGCCUCCCUACUGCGACCAGGAGGGGGCUUGUCUGCCCAACAGCCGUCCCACUACUCCUACCACUCCGGACCACGCCCACACCGACUACCGUGGCCAUCCGGACAGCCUGGAUGGAGACUCCAGCUCGGACUACGUCAAUAAUACAUCAGAGGAAGAGGAGGAGGAGGAAGAUUACGAUGAAGGGCUGCCGGAAGAAGAUGAGGGGGUAACGUACUACAUUCGCUAUUGCCCGGAGGAUGACAGCUACCUAGAGGGUGUGGACUGUAACGAGGAGGGCGAGUAUGGGACGGUCCGGGCUGAGCCACCGCCGGAUACAGAUGAGUGCCAGGAAGCGGUGGAGGAGGAGUGGGCAGAGGGAGAAGGGGAGGGGGACAUGGAGAGUGGGGAGGUGCGCUGCGAAAUUCUGGAGGAGCAGGACUCGGACCAGCAGAUUUACGACGGCAGGCCAGAACCUGUCCUGGACCACCAAAGCCUCCAUCAUCACCACCAUCACCACCACCAUCACGCAGAAGCCCACCAGGACCAGGCUCCGCCUCCGGUCCGAGACCAGGAUGAGGAAGAGGAUGGGGAGGAAAGUGAGGAUUACUGCCCCAAUGAUGAAGAAGAGCCAGAAGAGGAAGAACAGGACAGGGAGAGAUACACAGGGGACUACUACGCCCCAGAGGACAAUGGGAACUCAUACAGGGGCCACAAAGGCAUAGAGGGUGAGACAGGCGAGGAGACAGAGGAGGAUAUUGAUCAGAUUGUGGCUGAGAUUAAAAUGAGUAUGAGCAUGGGCAGCCUCAGCAGCGGGACGGACCAAAGCCCAGAGGAGCUGGGGGCGGAGCCAGCACCUGCUCGCUACCAGCCUGAAGCUCCGCCCAAGGCUGAACCCGCUGCUGCUCCGUAUCCUUCCCAACCCCACCGCCACGAUGGCAGGCCCAAAUCCCUCAACAUCCCCCCAGCUGGGCACAACCCGCAGCCACAGAGGGUUGUGAAGGGACGCUCCCGCACCCCGGAGGAGCAGAGGAGGUGGGCACAGGAGCAGGUCAGAGAACAGGUGUCUAACAGUGCAGAACAGCCGAGGAAGCAGCAGCGAUCUGAUCUGAACGGCCCGCUGGAGAACAACAACGUCCCCGAGCCGUCGAAGAAGACAGCAUCGUUCCCCAGCUUUGUGGACGUUCCUGGACCCUGUGAGCCUGAAGACCUCAUUGAUGGGAUCAUUUUUGCUGCUAACUAUCUGGGCUCCACCCAGCUGCUGUCGGAGAGAAAUCCAUCCAAAAACAUCCGCAUGAUGCAGGCGCAGGAGGCCGUGAGCCGGGUCAAGAGAGUUCAGAAGGCAGCCAAAAUCAAGAAAAAGGCGAGUCCUGAUGGGGACGCGCAGACGCUGACUGAAGUUGACCUCUUCAUUUCCACUCAGCGGAUCAAAGUCCUCAACGCAGACACACAGGAGACGAUGAUGGACAACGCCCUGCGCACCAUCUCGUACAUCGCUGACAUCGGAAACAUUGUGGUGCUGAUGGCCCGACGGCGCAUGCCCCGCUCUGCCUCGCAGGACUGCAUCGAGACCACCCCUGGAGCCCCUGAGGCCAAGAAACAGUACAAGAUGAUCUGCCAUGUCUUUGAGUCAGAGGACGCCCAGCUCAUAGCCCAGUCCAUCGGUCAGGCCUUCAGCGUGGCCUACCAGGAGUUCCUCCGAGCCAACGGCAUCAACCCGGAGGACCUGAGCCAGAAAGAGUACAGCGACAUCAUCAACACGCAGGAAAUGUACAAUGACGACCUCAUUCACUUCUCCAACUCCGAAAACUGCAAAGAGCUGCAUUUGGAGAAGCAGAAGGGAGAGAUUCUGGGUGUGGUAAUAGUGGAGUCGGGCUGGGGCUCCAUCCUGCCCACAGUGAUUCUGGCCAACAUGAUGAACGGAGGGCCGGCCGCCCGCUCAGGGAAGCUGAGCAUCGGUGACCAGAUUAUGUCCAUCAACAACACCAGCCUGGUGGGACUGCCACUCGCCACCUGUCAGGGAAUCAUCAAGGGCCUGAAGAACCAGGUGCAGGUGAAGCUGAACAUAGUGAGCUGCCCUCCUGUGACCACAGUCCUCAUCAAGAGGCCUGACCUCAAAUACCAGCUGGGCUUCAGUGUGCAGAAUGGCAUUAUCUGCAGUCUGAUGCGCGGGGGAAUAGCCGAGCGAGGAGGUGUGCGGGUCGGCCACCGCAUCAUCGAGAUAAAUGGCCAAAGCGUGGUGGCUACAGCCCACGAAAAGAUCGUACAGGCCCUGUCCAACUCCGUGGGCGAGAUCCAUAUGAAGACCAUGCCGGCAGCCAUGUUUAGGCUCCUAACUGGACAGGAGACUCCUAUGUAUAUAUGACUGAAAAAAGUCUCUGUGACUGGUGAGGAGCCAGCGCUUACUAAAGACUUUUGGAAGACGCAUCUCUGUCUAAGGAUAUCUGUCUUUUUGUCAUACGCCAGAAUCCUCCUCGCUCUUCUUUUGCUUCACAGAAAGUAACUUGCCACUCAUUUUCUCCUAACAUCUUAUUUUACACCCUUUUUCUCAUGAGCCUGUGGAUUUUGUUUGUGCUAUGCGUACAUGCAGUGGGAGUUUGGUCAAAUGGUGAAAGAUUGAGCCAAUGC